AGAAAUAAACGCGACAUGACGCGGAACAGUCUGUAACAGACUGUAACAAAUAUUUAUAUAUUCACUAAUUUUUGUGGAUUUAGCUACGAUUAUUGAUAGGCGAAUGAUGAAUUCGUUCAUGUGUUUUCCGGUGGUUGUAGUAACUUCAUUGGGCAGUCUGUUGUUUUGGUCAACACUCAACAGAUUUCAGCACUUUUAACUCGGUCAUCGGGUUCAAAUAUGGACCCGAAGCACAGACAACUGCUCCGAUCUCAGCGGCUCCAGUUGGCCGAUGAGCUUUUAGUGGACGACAUGAUCAUUCAGUAUUUAUACCAGGAGGAGAUUUUAACCGAGAGUCAUUUAGAGGAUAUUCACACUGAGUCAUCUAACAGAAAAAAAGUGUUGAAGCUGCUGGAUAUUCUGCCCACGCGCGGCCCGCACGCGUUCCAUCACUUUAUACAAUCAUUAGAGAAAGAGUUUCCCUGGAUCAAAGACACUUUACUGCAGCGACUGUGUGCGGAAGACAGCGAGUCUCCUCCGCCCUUCACUGUUCAGUGUGGUGUACCUGACCACAUCCUUCUGACAGUUCCAACCACGAUGCAUCUCAACCAGCUGGCUGCUCGUCUCGGCCCUGAAUGGAGGUCUGUCCUGCUGGACCUGGGCCUCUCCUCUGCAGAUCUGUACCGGUGUUGUGCUGACCACCAACUCGCAGUUCAGAGUCAGGUGCUCGCCGGCUUGGUGAUGUGGACGCAGAGAAACGGAAGAGAAGCUACUGUGCAGCGGCUGCUACAGAGCCUGAAGACCGCAGAUGUCCCACCAUCUGUUAUUCAACAGGUGUUUGCGUGAGCUCUGGGGGAGGGGACACUUGAGUAGUGUUUCAGUGGUCGCAACAAAUCCUACCACUGUUGGGCUUUGGAAGACACUUGACAAACAGACAUUGCAGGAAGAGAAUCACACCGUGUCCUUGUGUGACUCACUGCCAUAUAUCAAAUAUGUAAACACUGGAACACUGUCAUACAUGUAGAAUGGCUACAUGGAUUUAAUCAUUAGCCACCUGUUUUUUACAUUUCAUGUGUAUCUUUUAAAAUAUAAACUAUAAUAAACAUUUUCCUAAUUAUG